AGACAGACAAGUCAGACAGACAGACAGACACAGAAACAAGUUUGGGGAAAGGAUUUCCCAUUUGUUUCCCACCCACACCUUUUUUUUCCCCCCUUUCACGAAUCCAGUCUGCAAUCGUUUGUGGUCGUUCCUUUUGCUCUCCAGAAAACAAACCACCAAACCUUGAACCCCCCCCAAACCCACCCCCCAAAACCCCCACAGACACACAGACACAGACACCCCCCACCCCCCCCCAACAAAACCCAGGAAGGAUGGCCAGAGGCACAGUGACUCUCUUCUGCUUCUCCCUCGUUUGCCUUCUCUGCUGUUCUCUGACACUCCAGGAUUCCAGCACUGUCACAGUCGCGGUCGCACAGAAUUCGACCAAACAACCGCCUACGACAACUGCCGAGAAAACCUCGAGCAAGGUUGAGGGGGACACUCCUUCGACUUCCAGUCCUACGCAGGAGGCGAAAUCGACUCAGGCGAGCUCGCUCAAGGAUACCACGCUCACAAAGCCCGCUCCGCAAGAAGAUAGGAGCAAUACUUCGGAGGGACCCAAAACAGCCUUCAAUUCAACGUCCUGCCCAAACACUUCACUCAGCACGUCCGCCCUCGCAACUGUCACCCCAAGUGAAGUGAACACUCCCGCCCCAAGUGAAGCGAACACUCCCGCCCCAAGUGAAGCGAACACUCCCGCCCCAAGUGAAACGAACACCUCGGUGCCCACCUUCACGCUGACCCAUUCAGAUCAGACGUUUUCCUUAGUGACCUCCAAGGACAACACGACGCUUCAGAAUGCCACCACCGCUAACAAUACCACGACCCCCGUUUCAGUCGCAGGUGAGGCGACGAGCAACGUGACUGCUUCAGCCGCUGGUUCGUCAGCGAACGCGACCGUGCUUCUGCCGAAUUCUUCCUCCACCGCCAUUCCUAUGGUGGCUCUGAUCCCCGCAAACGCAACCAACGAGUCCAACACGAGUGAGGUGGUGACACCGAGGCCUGAAACGUCCGCUUCCGUCUCACCCGGGAAGGUGUCCCAGUCCUCGAGCACCACCCUUCAGCCUGCAGAUCACUGUGCAAAGACAACCUGCCCUCCGUACAGCAAGUGUCAGAAUCUCUACCUGUCGUUCACCUGCAUCUGCCCUCCUGGUCUUGCCUUCAGCUUAAACGACAGCUGCUUACCAGCCAGAAUCUUCCCGGGAACUUUGCACUUGAAAAAUAAAAAGUUCUCCGAGGCGAUGAAGCAAAAGAAUUCUAAGGAAUUUCAUUCCCUUGCCAACAAGAUACAGAAUUUGAUGAAGAACAUUUUUGCAGAUGAGCCUAACUACCUGAAGUCGAUCGUACGGAAGUUGGAGAAGGGAAGCGUCGAGGUCCAUUUGGACACCCUAUUCGGACUUGCGUCGAAAGUCACAGAAGAUUCAAUCCAUCGAAAGAUCAACAAUUUCAUUAAGAACUGUACAGACUGUGGCCCUCUGUCGAUAGGAGACACUUACUCCGGUGAAAGCAUUUGUCAUAGAAACUACUGCGAUAUUAAUACCACAAAAUGCAAAAACAAAGAUGGACUGGUUUCCUGCGACUGCCUCCCUGGCUACUACAAGUUCACUCCGUCUGAUCGAAGCUGCAAAGCGUGUACCAGCGGAUUCAAGCUCGUGAAUGGAAUCUGCGUAAAGUGCCCGUUUGGAUACAGAGGAUUUAACUGCAACGAAUCUUUCUUGCUCGCGGUUGUGGUGAUCUCGUGCGUCCUCGGUUGUCUGCUGCUCCUGUUCGUUCUGAUCGCUGCUUGUCUCUGGUGCAAAAAGAGUACAAGUAACUCCUCGUGUGGCUCACAGGACUACGUGAUGUGGCCUAAAGCAGAUGUGCCAAAGAUCCCCCGUGUUACGAUGAACUGGGAGUCUCACCAGCUCGAAAUGCAGGAGAACGGAAGCACCAACAGCCUGACUGACAGCGGGAGGACCGCUGAGAAGACGGAGGGCUUGAAGACCUUCAAAGGAAAGCAACCAUCUCGAUAUACGUACCUCUGUCAGGGCCAGGAGAAUCCUUAUUACAUAAGUGACGAGAAGAAGUCGGAAUACUUGUAAAGUGGAGAGAGAGAGAGAGGGAGGAGGAUUGAACUUUGGGGGUGUCAGUGGUGGAGAGGCAUCUAGUUUCAUUGUAAAUAACCUUGUGUUUGUGCUUCAGGCGCACAUCACAUGAAAAGCUACUGGAAGAAAGGAAACGUUUAGAAUUUUGUACAAUUUCGACGGAGUUCUCGGAAAGUCUUGCGGUGACGCUUAUUGCAAAACAAAACCUGGUUCGUUGUCUCAGGCAGGUUUUGAGGGUUUGGGACCCUCCAGGCUACCGAAACCUGCGUUUGGCUACUUGAUCUCAGAUGCUACGAGCCGCUUCAUGGCUCCUCUUUGCCUCUUCUACUCCCCUUUCCCCUUCGCCACACAGUCUCUGUACAUAUAUACAGUAUAACAAAAGCUUUCUGACUGUCUCGGUCUUAAAAAAUGUAUCGUUAUCCACAUGAGAUGAUGGGGAGCGUUGAACGUUGAAUGCCGUUCGAUAUUGGGGGUUCUUGUGACUAGUCACUGGAGGUGUCAGUAUCUUGCGAUGGCGGAGGGGGGGGGGUGUGGGGAGCUGAGCUAUUAGUAUGUCCAUUUGUCUCAGAACGUACUGAAGUGUCACUCUUUUUAAAAUUAGUUUUGAGCACCAACACCCACUCCCAAAAGUCCCAUCUUGGCUGUUGAGCUUCACAAGGAAGGCAGUCAGAGACGGCAAGGAAAUGGAUUCCCAAAUAACACACCGCGGCCAUUUUAAGAAUGAGUUCUUCUCCCCCUCCACCCCCCCACCCCAAUCACCCACCCACCCACCCUCAACGCAUCUCGUUUCCGAAAUAAAACUCCCAACUAAGUUAUUUUUCACUUAAUUUAAAGACAAGUUUGGUUUGUGCCGACAUUGCCCUCUUCCCUCCCAUAUGGGUAUUGCACCUGCGCAGGGAUUGGUUUCGUUUGAUGCCGACGUUAAUUGCGGGAAAUAGUUCCUGAGCCCGACGUUGCGGGGAGAAAACCCGAGCCAAGUUCUUUGAAACCGUUUGAUUUGGGUGCUUCGGCCACCAAGGGUUGGAACGUCCCAAUGCGGUUAACGUUGUGAAUUGAUGACUUUGGGUUAGCGAUGCGGACGGGAAGACAAACGUGGAUUAAAAAACAGCGGCUAAUCGGGGCAUUCAUUCAGUGGACAACAACAAACGGGUUCCUGGAAACUGAACGAGUGUUUGCGUAGGGAAAGGUUCCCCGUAUAUUCAACAUGCCCUUUGUCACUCCUGUUUGAAGAUGGUCCGUUUUCUUGCCAACAGAAAUAAAUUCAACCUUCAAAGCGUUGCACCCCUUUCCUGGGUGAAAUCCGUCAUUAUUCCCUCGAGGCACUGUGGAAAGUUGGCAUUCCAUCAAGAUUUGAAAUUCGAAUUCGAAUAGUCUGGGACUCUAUUUUGUCUUUGAAUUUCGGGUCGAGUGGAUCUUUUUCUUUUGUCUCAAAACCGGAAGCCGUUUUUUUGAUCCUUAGAGAAAAAUUUUAAUUAACGCUGAGGUUUUAAGGAUUCUCCCCAAGUUUUUAAAUUUUGAGCGAAAAUGUCUUACGAGAUAAGAGUGAGUGGAAUUUCAGACGCCUGUAUCGGAAGAUAAUAUAUAACGUAUUAACUUUUGUGCCCGGCAUUGUAAAGCUUUCCUUUUGAUUGAAUCUGUAGUUUCAAUGUUACUUUAAUGAUUUUCUUUCCCAGUCUUCGAUUUUCCCUUGAAAGUGAAGGUGAAAGGUCUUUCGUUUAGUUUAGCAAGUUCUGCUUAGUCCGGUUUCUUUUUAAUUGUUUUUAAAUAAAAAAAUAUAUAUAGAGAGAGAGAGCGAGAGAGAGAGAGAGAGAGAUCCUUCUGAUUGGAACCGUCAACAUUCCACGACUUAGGAGCUGUCAAAUUUUAAAAGUGUCGCAAGUUAAAAGUUUGCAAAAGCAUGAUGAUAUGAUUUGUAAGAAAUGCCAAGCUUAUGAUUCUUCUGAAUAAAAAAAAUCUAGUUCAUCGUG